AUGUCAGACACUCCAGGAGAAGACAAAGAUACGAGUGCCAGCGCUCCUCAGCCGCAGAAAGAAAGAAGAAAGAUUGAAAUCAAGUUUAUCCAGGACAAGACCAGACGGCAUAUCACUUUCUCCAAGCGAAAGCAUGGGAUUAUGAAAAAGGCGUACGAGUUGUCAGUACUCACCGGUACACAGGUACUGUUACUGGUGGUGUCCGAGACCGGACUUGUCUACACGUUCACCACCCCCAAGUUCCAGCCAAUUGUCACGCAGCCAGAAGGUAAGAACCUGAUCCAGGCGUGUCUGAACGCUCCGGAGGACGAUGAGGAAGACGACCAAGACGACGACGAUCAAGAAGACGACGAAGAGGCCAAAGUUGACGUUUCUGCUGCGUCCGCAGCCGCAACUGGCGUCCCCAGCACAAAUGCAGCCCAGCCCAGCAUGGCCAACGCUCCCGCCCCACACAUGGUCCCUGUCGGCUCCGCUGGCCAGCCUGUCGACCACACUGUGCAUCCACAACCCGUUCAGCAGCCCACACAGCCCGGUCAGCAGGCCUAUGGCAACCCAGCUGCGUAUCUGAACGCGGAGCAGGCUGCCGUGUAUCACCAGUAUUUCAACGGUGUCAAUUCGCAGCAGGGCCAAUAUUGA